AUGAAAUUAUUAAUAGCGAUAUUUGUAGUAUUUGUUCAAAUUUUUGGUGAAAAAUUUGAAAUAAGAAAAUAUUUCGAAUGCGCUGAUGUCUAUCAAAAUGCUGAUUUUCUUGAUAUUUGUGAUAAAAAUAUAACAAUCUAUAAAUCUAAACAAAGAAGUUUGCAAGCUUAUACUUCAUCAGCAAAAAAUGUAUGGUUUUUUGAGUUGAAUCUUGAUAUUCCAAUGGACACUCUUUUGAAUUCUGAUCAAUUCUCAAUGAUUAUGAAAAAUGCAAUUAUUGAUGAAGUUAAAAUAUUGGAGUUGGGCGAUCUUGAAACACUUUUUAUUCAUAAAAAUAUAUGCAUUUUUACUUUGAAUUUGGAUUUUUGGCCACAAAUUGAGGAAUAUGUUAGACAAUUGAUUUUUGAUAGAAAAUUUGUAGUUGUUUUGAGAAAUGGUGAAAUUGUUUUUUGGAAUUUUAACAAUAUUGAAUGUUUGCAAAAUAAAUAA